AUGAACUCGCCACUGAAAUUUAAAGCAAAGGGCCACACUGUUGCCCGAUGCCCCAACUGUCACCAGUCGCACCAUGCAUGGUUCAGAGGAUGCCCUGUCAGACUGGAGAAGAUCUGGAGGAUAAAGGGCAUAGCUCCACCACCUGCAAGACCUCAAGACCGCCAGCCGCCUCCAAGACGACCUCCAAGCCAACCAAGGAUUGAUCCCAGGACCAACCUACCUCCUCCACCACAAACACCUCAUUCUUUAAACCAACAAAAACCACGUCAUUAUAUCCCAAACCCCUCAUCCUUUCCUUCCCUCCAACCUCCAAUUCCCAAACCCCUUCCAACCUCCCCGACCCCUAAGGUUAUUCCCUCAACCCCUCAGUUUAUUUCCUCAACCCCUCAGGUUAUUCCCCCAGCCUUCGCAUCGCCGACGACGCCGACUCCUGCUCGUGUCGAAGCAGGAACUCAGACAGAACAAGCACCAGUUGAAGAUAUGCAGUUCGAGACAACUACUGAAGCUCCCGUUUUGUAUGCCGAAGCUGGAACGCAAAUAGAGGAUUUCACACCUAAGAAAGACAUGGAAAUCCAGACCUGCAAAGCAAAACUCAAAUCUGUCGCCUCUGGAAGUGAAUUCCGAUUCGUAGGAGAACAAGGAAUAAACAAGCUCCUAAUGACCUAUGAUGAAUUUAAUGCCUUCAUACAUAGAGCUCUCGCCGACAAACACUACACGUUUAAUGAACGACUGUUUACAGAGAUCUUCCAGGAAGCCCCCAACUUUGAGAUCUCCCUCCCAGAUGAUUUCCUCCAAUCUGAAUUUCGAUUCAGAACUCCUCAAAGGCAAUUACCCAUUCUGCAAUAG